AUGACUCAGAGCUCAGCAGAAAAAAUGGCUAGCACUGCUAUUUCCUUUCUAUCAAUACCCAUCAAACUUAUUAAGGAGGAGAUGAGAAUGGCUUCAGCAGGCCGGAGGAAGAAUACUAUUGCAGCAGAAUUUGGUCAUUUUACUUUUGGAAGCGCGACCGUUGAGAAAAAAGUCCAGAAAUCAAACAAUUUUCUUAUUGAUGGUGGAUUUGGAAGCCUGGAGCAAAAUGGUCUCAUUUAUAGGCAAAAUAUUUUUGUUAGAUCAUUUGAAAUUGGGUUUGAUAGAAAACUAUCGUUGGCUGCCUUGACCAAUUUUUUACAGGAUACUGCACUGAACCAUUGUAGAAUGAUAGGGCUAUUAGCAGAGGGUUUUGGUUCAACACCUGAAAUGAUUAAAAAGGACUUGAUUUGGGUACUCUGCACUUUGCAGAUACUAGUCGAUGGCUAUCCUUCAUGGCUUGAUGUGGUUGAAGUAGACACUUGGAUGUAUCCAUCAGGACAAAAUGGUCUAGGACGAGGCUGGCUCGUUCGUGAUGGCAAAACAGGCAGAAGCUUGGCUCAGUCCUCUAGUGUAAUGGUGUUGUUUAACAAGAAAACAAGGAAGUUAUCUAAAUUAGCAAAGGAAAUUAGGGAUGAGAUUGCUCCCCAUAUGAUGGACUGUGAUCCUAUCAUGAACAAGAAUAGCAGAAAAAUAUUGCCGUUUGAUGUUAAUACAGCAGAUUAUGCUCGUACUGGUUUAACACCUGGGUGGAAUGAGCUUGAUCUCAAUCAGCAUGUGAACCAUGUUCAAUACAUUAACUGGAUUCUUCAGAAUGUUCGGCCCUCAUUGGUACAGCAUCACAAGCUUUCUGCAAUAACUUUGGAGUACAGAAAGGAGUGUGAUAUGAACAGUAUACUGCAGUCGCUAUCCAGAAUUGUUAAAAAUGGCGGCAAUGAUUCUACAGAUAAAAAUAAUGUGAUAGAGUUGGAUCACUUCCUGCUUCUUGAGAAUGGAUCAGAAAUUGCUAGGGCAAACACCAUCUGGAAGCCAAGAGAAGUGAACAACUUCAAGAAUGUAGUUCAUAGUCCUGCAGAAGAAAAUAUAUCUAGCAUGAACUAA